CCCACCAGAGCUGGCCGCCGGCGGGAGGCGGAACCGUUCCCAGCGCCGGCGCCCCGCAACACCAGGGCUGGCCGGCGGGGGGCGGCUUCGGCGCGGGUGUCCAGGCCCUGCAGAACAAGUUCAGCAUCCCGGAGUACCGCGUCAGGCUGGUCGCCAUCUACUCCGUGUACAAGCAGGAGAACCUGCAGAAGGUGGACCACCUGCUGCAGAAGUACGUCGGGCAGGAGGACUUCCUCUAUGCAGCAGACCGCCUGCUCCAAGUACGGGGUCGACCCGGACUUCGACCCCAGCGUCCCCCUGGCGGCCAGCCCGCAGCAGCUGGCGAGCGCGCUGCCGCAGCCCACGGGCGGCUUCCAGCAGCCGCUGCAGCCGCUGCAGCCGCUGCAGCCGCUGCAGCCGCUGCAGCCGCUGCAGCCGCUGCCGCAGCUGCAGCCGCCCCCUCCACAGCAGCCGCAGCUGCGGCCGCAGCUGCGCCCGUCGGCUCCGCGGGUGAAGGGGCCGCCGCAGCGGCCGCCGCAGCACGCCAGGAUGCAGGCGAUGGAGUGGGACCCCGCCGCGGGGCAGAUGGUGGCCACCACCGUGGAGGUGGAGCCGUGGCUGAUGGACGAUGCGCAGGCCAGCGCGGCCGCGCAGCCGCAGCCGCCGGAGCCGCAGCCGUGGGCGCCUCAGGGGCAGCAGCACCGCCCCGCCGAGAACCAGGCGGUGGAGGAGUGGGACCCCGCCACCGGCCAGAUGGUCACCAAGUCCAUGGAGAUCGAGCCCUGGCUGAUGGAGGAGCUCGGCAUCGGCGCCGGCGCCGCGCGGCCCGGCGGCCACCUCGCCCCCGCCGCGGCACCCGCGCCGGGCACGGCGCCGCCCGCGCGGGCCCCGGCGGGCGGCGCCCUGGCCGGUGCGGCGGCAGAGGUGCCGGGCGCGGCGCCCAUGGACGACGACGACGACUACGACCCGUUCAGCACGUCUCCUGAGGCAGCGGGGCAGCGACCCCUCCCGGGCGAGGGCCCGCUGGAGGCGGCCGCCCAGAUCGACCGGCUGCUGCUCGGCGACGAGACCCGCUUCUUCGAGCGGGCGGCCGGCCGGCCCGCCGGUGCGCCGGCCUUCGCGGCCCGCGCGCCGCCGCCGGA